AUGACUGUACCGGAGACUGUAUCCGAGUAUACGCCCUUGAAUUCGCGGCGUUGGUGGAUUUUGCGAAUUUCCAUCAAUCUGCUUUUGAGUUUGGUAGUGACUGUGGUCCAGCUGCCAAUGUACAUCUAUCAUUGUGUGAACAGUCUACUAUUUUCGGCUUCACAAAGGAGGCAGAGCCCUGAUAAUAUAACCAAGUUUAUGCAAGAGGAGAUUGUAGCACCCUUGUUUGAUAGUUCAUCCACGGAGGGCUCAAAUGAGCUGGAGACCAAGAUUGUGGAAGCACUGGACAUAGUGGAUAUCGUUCAUCUGCAUGGAUACAAGGUUCACGAGCAUGUGGUUCAAACAAGGGACGGGUAUUUACUGGCGAUACACAGAAUUGUUUCCAACAAGGUUACCCCUUCCACAAUCGACUUGAGACUCAGUGGGAAGAAGGUGGUGUAUCUCCAUCAUGGCCUGCUCACCAACUCUGAGAUCUUCGUAUUGGGAGAUACCAAGGAAAAGUGCCUGCCAUUUUUACUGGUGGACUUGGGAUUCGACGUUUGGCUCGGAAACAACAGGGGAAACAAAUAUUCGAGGAAACACAUCAGUCUUUCACCAAACUCCAACGAGUUCUGGGACUACUCGUUGGACCAGUUCGCCAUGUUCGAUAUCCCCGAUACGGUGUCGUACAUUCUGGGGGCCACAAAACGAGAGAAACUGGCCUACAUAGGCUUCAGUCAAGGGUCUGCACAAUGUCUUGCUGCUCUUUCUCUGAGUCCAAAACUAGGUGAGCAGAUAGAGCUGUUUAUAGGCCUUUCUCCGGCCAUGAUACCCCAAGGUCUCUGUCAUCCUUUGACUUCGCUUUUCGUUUAUUCUGCUCCAAGCUUUAUGUUUCGAUUAUUUGGGAAGAGGGCAAUACUUCCCUCGGUUGUGUUUUGGCAACGGAUAUUUGGCCCUGCGCUAUACGAGCAGGUAGUUGACAGGUCAUUGAUCAUUCUCUUUGGCUGGAAAUCCAAGAAUCUUUCAAAGGCCCAAAAGACGGUUGGGUAUCCUCACAUUUUCUCUCCAACGUCGGUGAAGUCUGUCAUUCAUUGGUUUCAGAUAAUUUCCAGCGGGCGGUUCCAGAUGUACGAUGAAGGCGGAGCUGCUGGGUCUAAACUAGUGCCUCUCUCUGGCUCUUCCACUAAGACCCACCGUGUGGCUCCGUUCCCUAUCCAGACAAUUUCCACCCCUAUGCUGCUUAUAUAUGGUGAGGCAGACUCCUUGAUUGAUAUGGUAAAGACCCGUGACAACCUCAGCUGUCCUUGCGAGGUGGUGGGAAUACCGAGCUACGAGCAUAUGGAUACGCUAUGGGCCGACGACGUGAAUAGCAAGGUAUUCGAUCGAGUCAUUAAUCGCUUAAUGGAGCCUCAAAUCUAG